CUUAGAUCAAAAGCUACAAUUGUGCACAUAACUGUUUCAUUCAUUCGCACGUCAAGCUACACGUGCUGUCGCCAGGACCAGGCAAUCGCGCCACAAACCACAACACAAAGUUACCUGUAAUUCGCUUCUCGCACCAGUUUCACCAAAAUGCCUGUUCCUGUUAGCGUAACUAACCCGAACGGGAAAGGCCUGGUCGCUGCGGCGCCAUCGUCGCUCCCAACCGAGGGGCCCUUCGCUCGCCUGAAGGCCGCAGCCGCAGCAAACACUGCCAACGGCUCUGCGAAUGGCGCAGCUAAUGGUACAAGUCAAGCGGCGCCCAUGGAGGUGGAGCGACCGGUGCAACAGGAAAUCACGGAGCAGCCUGUGGCGAGCACCAGCGCUCCCGCCAGCAUCGAAGUGCGUGGCCUCAACUUCGCCUACCCUGGCCUCGACGGCCGCCCUAUUCCUGGUGUGCCGCCGCUGCUGCGUGACCUGACCUUCUCGUUGCCGCCUGGGUCCACGUGCCUGCUGCUGGGAGCCAACGGCGCCGGCAAGACGACGUUCAUGAAGAUCCUGGGUGGCAAGCACAUGAUCCCCGAGGAGGCUGUGCGCAUCCUGGGCCGCGCGCCCUUCCACGACACCGGCCUCACCACAUCGGGUGACCUCUCCUACAUUGGCGGCAACUGGCAGCGCGACAUCGCGUUCGCCGGCACCUCCAUCCCGCUCACCGGCGACUUCCCGGCUCAGCGCAUGAUCGACUCCAUCGCGGGCGUGGACCCCGAGCGCAAGAAGCGGUUGAUAAAGGUUCUGGACAUCGACCCCAGCUGGCGUAUGCACCAGGUGUCGGACGGGCAGCGCCGCCGUGUGCAGAUCUGUGUGGGCCUGCUGAAGCCCUUCAAGGUGCUGCUGCUUGAUGAGAUCACAGUGGACCUGGACGUGUUGGGCCGCGCCGACCUAAUGCGCUUCCUUCAGGAGGAGUGCUCCAGCCGCGGUGCCUCCAUCAUCUACGCCACCCACAUCUUUGACGGACUGGAGUUCUGGCCCUCGCACGUGGCAUAUCUGGCGGGAGGCCGCCUGGCUCUCUUCAAGGAGGCCAAGCACCUGCCCGAGCUGGCCGAGGGCCGGCUGCUCAGCAUGGUGUACGGCCUGCUCAACGCCGACCGCGAGGCGCAGAUCAAGGUUCGCGGCCCGGUGUCCACGGAGUGGGACCCCAGCCGCGAGGGCGAGGUGGGCAACUUCUCCUAUGCCUUCAACAACGGCUGGGUGCCAGGCACCAUGAACACAUCGCUCUCCACCAACGCCGUCAUGCGGAACUAGAGAGAAGCGCCGCGACGCGUCGGUCGCGGUCAGGUGCAAGGACAGGUUAAGAGGCUGCAGGUUGGGCUCUCAUGGGGUGGACUGUCCCUCAGGCCGGCUGGCACAACGAGGCUGGAGUGAACGGGCGUGAAUCGGCUGUGGCCCGGGCAGUUGAGUACUGAGUGCGCCCGAGGGACUUGAAGCGAGAUGGUUCACCGGAGGACGACAUUGGCAAUGUCCCCAACGGACCACGUGCCCGGAUGAGCGCAGCUGUGCUACCUUCGUUGCGGCGGCGGGGCAAAGCUGAGCGGAGAGAGUGUGUUGAAUGAAGCUCCGACGGCUUCAAGGGCUUGUGCUGGUUUGUGGGUUGGAUGCAAUCAAGCAAAGGGGUUUGGCCACGGUGCAAAACAAACGGAUUCCGAGAGUCGUAUAACGAGAGGAGCGCGGCUGUGGGAGAGAUGGUCUGCUGAAUUGAGCAGAAGAGAGCUGUUACCGUAUUCAUUACCUUCGUGGCACGGCAGGGCCCAAGUGUGCGAGCCAAGCAAUUCAUUGCAUGGGCUGAUAGGCUAAAAGCGCGUCAGGGACCACUGUGCGGGCUGCUCUCAUGUAGUACUGCACGGAUUACGACGGUUUACAGCAUCUUCGCCCGACUGUCUCUGACCCUCGCUGACACGCCGCUCUUGCACUGCGGGAGCAUGCUCCCACACUUGAUGCGGAGUACGGAAGAACGGACUGACGGUGUGGCACGUGCGAACAACACGCCCCAGCCGUUGGCACCCACGUCGACGGAACGACACACUGGCAGGGUUUUAUGGGUACCAGUGUACCACUGAACACUGUGUAGAGCACAAGGGAAGUACCCCGUGUAUACACACUGAGCGAGUGUGUGUCUGCGCAAUGCCGCGAGCACUGCUGGCGACCGCUGAGUGUGGGCCUGUGUGGGAUAACGCAGAAACAUGGGGUCGUGCACUCGUGCGCAUGUUGACUGUCUCUGCCCUGCUUCUGCUUUGCUACGAGGGGCGUAGGUGUCGUGCGCCGUUGCCGGCGUGUGUCAUUCACCGGCAACCACUGCCUGGGUAUGAGUCAUGAGGCGGUUAACAGCGUGUGAACUUAGGAGCGGGAAGUUGCCCCAGCGGUUGAGAACUGGCGAGCUGUGGGUGGGUUGUGCGAACUACGUCCCGGUGUGUGGCUAGAGGUUUGGCGUCUGUGGUUUAAUUGUAGCCGUGUGACGGUGGUGUCUCUCUGGCUCUGGCGUCACCUUCGCCUGCACUGCGCAGGGCGAAGGCUCGUGGGCUCGUGUUGGAGGCGUUGGGCAGCUGGUCAUGCGGGCGCUGAGCUGAGGAGGAGCUGCGUUGGGGGUCUGUUUGCCGUGGUGCUUUAUAAGUGUGUGCUCAGGGGAGCUUGGGGUCCAGGUUUCGUAGACGGGCGGUUGGCUUGCCCUGCUGGGUGGUGAGCGUUGGGUGUCGGGCAGGGGGCCGCCCAUGCAGGAGGCGGUGGCUCCCUAGUCCCGCAACACCGGCCCUGGCCCGGUGUUGCGGUGUUGCUCUCUCUCACACGACCUAUCGUGCGUAGCUUUGUGAAAGCAUCGGAGUGA